AUGACCGAAGGCGUAACAACAACAUCAGAUGACAUGCAAGAUACGUUUUCUCUUCGGGAUCAGUCAUCGAAACAAUAUACUGUUAAACUCACAACAGCUGCUCUUGUGAUUCAGUUACAAACUGACGAUAAUAGAGAACAACCAAGAACCAUAAAGAAUAAUACACAAGUGAUACCGAUCGAAGAUAUCUAUGGAUGUUUAUGUAUGAAAGAUAAUAGGAAUUCAAUUCGAUGUCAUUUAAAUCUUUACCUAUAUUCGCUACAAAAGGCAUCAGGUGCUACAUUACCAUUUUCAAAAAAGUCAAAUUUACAGCGUUCACAACUAUUGCUUACAUACGCGAAAUUUAAUGAUUUCGAAAGUAAUUUUGGUGCAGUAACACGAUGGCAUCAGAGCUUAAAGCGUGCAAUUUAUUUAAAACAAAAUCUCCCUCUUGAUAUUGUAACAACAAAACGUGAUAAACGUGCCCUUGUUUUUAUUAAUCCAGCUGGCGGUGCUGGUAAAGCUUAUCGUCUUGUUAUGGAAUAUGUUGUUGGUGUAUGGAGUGAAGCAGAAUUUACCUAUCAUAUGAUUGUAACAGAAUACGCCGGUCAUGCUCGUGAAUUUGUACGCUCUAUACAACUUGCUGAUUGGGCUGGUAUUGUUGUAGCAUCAGGUGAUGGACUUCUCUACGAAGUUGUCAAUGGACUUAUGAGUAGAAACGAUUGGCAAGAAGCAAUUAAAUUACCUAUUGGACAUUUACCUUGUGGAUCAGGCAAUGCUUUCAUUACAAACAUUGUACGUUACAGCAAACAACCGAUUAUGAAAACGAUGGAAAAAUUUAUUGUCCAAGCUGCUGUAAUCAUUGCGACACAUAACGUACUUCCAUUUGAUAUGGCUCUAUUAGACAUCUGUGAUGGUCAAAGACUUUUUUCUUUUCUCUGUAUUGAAUGGGGUGUUGUUGCUGAUGUUGACUGUGAUAGUGAACAGUACCGUUUUCUGGGUGAAACUCGAUUUACAGUGGAAGCGCUAAAACAUAUUAUCAAACCUCGUAGUUAUGAAGGUUAUAUUGAUUACAUUCCAUAUGAUGCGGUUGAUGAUACAGCAGACUCAAAUCAAAUAACAACAGAUACCACGAUUGCUCAACUACACCGUCAUCUAUUACCACUCAAUGAACCUAUUCCAACUGAUUCCACAUCGACUAAAUGGCGCCGUAUCAAUGGUCCAUUUCUUCAUGUAUUAAUUACAUCAAAAGCGUGUAUAUCAAAAGAUGUCAUAGCCUCAUUCAGAUCAACACUAUCUGAUGGCUAUUUAAGUUUACAAUAUAUACGUGCAGAUCGUUCAUCGCGUAUACAUCUUGCGCAAACAUUCACGAAAUUAUCCGACGGAAAACAUGUUGAUUUUGAUUUCGUUGAAUUGCUGCCAGUACGCGCAUUUCGAAUUGUACCAGCUGAUACUAGUGGAAAUAUGAUGGUCGACGGAGAAAAAGUCCCUUAUGGUCCUGUUCAAGGUGAAAUUUUACCGAGUGUAGGACGAUGUAUGGGAAGACUUCCAACAGCUAAUGAAGUGCUACUAAGUUGA